UCAAUUAAAGCAUUGUUCUUUAUUCCUUCAAACGGAAAACAACGACAUCCGCCUGCACAGCGUUGUACACGAAGCCAUCAUAAAUUAUUCAUCGCAGACCUUUGGCUGUAAACAAAACGAAAAUAAUUCUAAAAGUCUGCAGCUGAUCUUGCCUGUCAAGUUGCUUGGGCACUAAAUCAUUUUGAAGACAGAGAAGAUGAAAUCAAAAUAAUUCCACAUCUAAUUAAAUUCAUAACAAAUUCAUCAUUUCAACAUUUCCUAAAUAAGUUGAUCGAUGUAAAAUCAUCAAAAAAAACUUGAUGAAAGAAAUUGGAAAUUUGCCAAAUAUUUUGUAGAUGUUUUGAAAAGAUUUUGCAACUAUAAACUUGCAACUAAAGUACUUUAUGAAAUAACAGAAAUUCAAACUAAAGUGUUAGGUGUUGAUCAUAUUGAUGUUUCAUAUUCGUACAACGAGCUGGGUGUAUUGCUUUGGAAGAAUGGAGAAUAUGAAAAUGCUAAAGAUUUUCUGAACGAGCAAUGGAAAUUCAAACAAAACAUUUGGACCUGACCAUGUUAAUAUUGCGACAACGUACAACAAUCUGGGUUCGGUUUACAAUAAUAUGGGAGAGUGCGAAAAAGCAAAAGAUUUUUAUGAACGAGCGAUAGAAAUUGAAACGAAAGCAUUUGGACCUGACCAUGUUAAUAUUGCGACAAUGUACAACAAUCUGGGUUCGGUUUACAGAGAUAUGGGAGAGUACGAAAAAGCAAAAGAUUUUCAUGAACGAGCGAUAGAAAUUCAAACGAAAGCAUUUGGACGUGACCAUGUUAAUUUUGCGACAAUGUACAACAAUCUGGGUUUAGUUUACAAUGAUAUGGGAGAGUACGAAAAAGCAAAAGAUUUUUUUCAACGAGCGAUAGAAAUUGAAACGAAAGCAUUUGGACCUGACCAUGUUAAUAUUGCGAUAAGGUACAACAAUCUGGGUUUGGUUUACAGAGAUAUGGGAGAGUACGAAAAGGCAAAAGAUUUUUAUGAACGAGCGAUAGAAAUUCAAACAAAAACAUUAGGACCUGAACAUGUUAAUAUUGCGACAAUAUACAACAAUCUGUGUUUAGUUUACAAUGAUAUGGGAGAGUACGAAAAAGCAAAAAACUUUUAUGAACGAGCGAUAGAAAUUAAAACAAAAGCAUUUGGACCUGAACAUGUACUGCAAUAAUAUACAACAAUCUUUAUUUAGUUAUAAACAAACUAAAGAUAUGGAAACUGAAG